AUGUUGACAGGCUCAAUAUUGCCCCAUAAGUGCCAGCAAUAGCUAAAGCUGCCUCUUGAAAUCCCCGUCUUGGCUCGUGCACACCUUCAGGACCUGCUGUAAUUGCAAUCAAGUAGUUCGCUAGGACAUAAGAGUGCGUCUUGCACAAACCAUACAGCCUGCGCCGUCACCUUUUCCAGAGUUUUCCUCGGGUUUCACUGCCCUGAGAGUGUUGUAACGUCGACGAAUCUGGUUGGAUAUCUUCAAAGAGGUUACUCCCCCUAGGCUGGGAGCGCCCGCUGGGCGACGCCAAAAUGGACGAACUAGUGGCCCAGCCUGUUGCCGACGAACGCCUCAGCGGCUCCCAGGAGUCGCUCUCUCCAACGCUUCCACUGCAUAAUCUUACGCAGGCGACAACCAUAGUCACGAUGGAGGGCGAAGAGCCUGGCCCCGACGCCCCAGCGGUCGAUGCUGAGGGCCAGCCUCAGAAGAACCGCAGAGCUUCGCUUGUAAUCAAGGAGACGGAGGAAAGGCUGGAGUCUCUGCAACAGGAUGCCCAGCGAGGAGAUGCACUGAUGGCGGAGCUGGAGGCCUUGUUAGCGGCGUCUCAGGCACGCCAGGAAGCGGAGCGCGCGGCAGCGGAGGUGCGGGCGGCGGCCGCGGCGCGGCCCGAGUCGCCGCCGCCACCACCGGACGCGUUCGUGUCGACCCAUUUCGUGUCGGUGGAGCCGCUUCAGGUUCCAACCACCGACAGCGAUGAGGAGGACGAGCCAGUGCAGGCUCUCUCCAAGGGCCCGCCGGCGGCUGCCAGUCCCACCGCUAAGCGCCGUUCCUCAGUCGUGACCUUCGACGGCGCCAACCUCAGCGUCAGCGCGCUCUCCGCCGCCGGGCCGCACCCACCCGGCAUGGGUCGCGCCGCCUCCUUCAACCGCACCCGCAGCUAUCGCGAGCGCGAGAGCGCUACCAACGUCGGCUUCGGCAUGCCCAACUCCGUACUGGCGGCCGCCAUGUUCACAGCCGCCGCCACCGGCGGCGGCGGCCCCGCAUCCCUGCUGCCGGGCUCGGGCCGCUCCUUCACUGGGCCUGGCAUGGCGGCCGAGGCCACCGGCGCGCCCACGUUUGGCCGCAGCACCAGCAUGCGCCGCGGCAGCGUGACUGAGGUGGGUGCGGUCAGCGCCGGGCCGCACCCGCUGCCGCUCGCGUCCAGCACCAGUAUGCACCGUCGCGAAGUCGAAUUUGGCCAGGCCAGUGGGCUAGCGCAGCAGCCGCACCAGCCGCAACAGCAGCUGCAGCACAUGGCGAGCGGCUCAGCGGCGCGGCGGGCGUCACUGGUGGCUCACCCUGUCGUCGGCGCCGCGCCGCAAUCGUGCAGCCAGGUGGGCUACCUGGGGGAGGGCGAGCUGGCGCGGGUGGCCAGCGGCGGCUUUGAAGGCGUGUUGGGCGCGGCGCACUUGGGCGGCAGCUUCAGCCAAGGCGGCAUGGCGCUCUCGCCGCCGAAGCACGCCGCGAUGGCGGUGGCGGCGCAGCACGCGGGCGGCGGCGGCGGCGGCGGCCGGCUCAUGCAGAUGCUAAAGGGCAUGUUCACAGGCGGAAGCAGCAGUCAUGAUGGCGCCGAGCCGGCUUCCGCGCCGCAGCCGCACGUCGUUGCCGUAGGCGGCGUGCAGCAGCUGGCGCACGGCGGCGUUGGUCGGCAGCGGGGGGACUCUGUGAGCUUCAGCGCCACCCGCAGCGGCCUGUCCUUUGUGGGACGCAGCGCGCAGUCUGUCACCUCCGUUCCCUUCGUGAGCGGCGCACCAGCCAGCCGCGCGCCCUCCAGCUCCCAGCACACAUUCACUGCCGCGGCCGCGGCGGCGGGUAUGGCGGCUGUCAGCAGCAGCGGUAUGUCGUUCAGCGGGCAGCAGCAAUUCGUGGGCGGCGUCGGCAGUGGUGUCGGUGUCGGCCUAGUUGGCAGCGGCCCCUCCUUUUCUGGCGGCGGCCGCGGCCAGGCGCUCGUGCCGACCGUUAGCAACAACAACCGCCGCGCCAGCAGCACCAGCUUCCGCGCGACGAGCAGCUCGCAGAUCCCGCACGUGCUACAGCAGUCGCCCGAGGGCGUCACCGCCGGCGGCAGCCUGCCGGUGCUGUCGCGCACGCGCAGCGUGAAAGUGGCCGCGGCGGCCGCGGCGGCGCUGUCUGCACUGGCACACUGAGGCUGGAGCGAGGGAACGCUCGGAAUGCCGGUGCAGCGUACCGUAUGUGUACGUGUUAUGCAUGCCGCACAGGAUUCUAAACCGCCUGCACCGGCUCUGUGUGCAUGGAUGGGCCAUGUGGCCGUUCCUGGAAGCCUCCUGCGGCGCCAGUUCAUUGUUUUGUGUAAGUACGUCGGCUUAAGAUUGAGCGGUUAGAAAAUUUAGGGGCCACAUGCAGCUGCGUAUGACUGAGCGGCGUUGGCAUUCAUGGAGUUGAAUCACAGCAUACACACCGCAUCUGGGUGCAUUCAGCGCGGGGAAAUGCCUGACCGGGAGAGGCACACGUGGCUGCAACUCCGCGUUGCAACUUUGCUGAUGGACGUGACGCGUGUCCCUGCACAUGGACUUCACACGGCGACAGUGCGUGCGGGCGUGAACUUGACAAAAAGUGGGCUGAGCAAGCACGCACGCACUGGGCUGGGCAGGUACGCACGGGCAGGGGCGAUCCAAUGGGGCUUCAAAUGAAAGAAAGUUGCAUGAGACGUGCUUAAAAAGAUAACAAUACGGUAACAUUUGCUAACAUUGGUCAUCUCUGAAGCCUAGGACAAGGAGUUCUGUGAUGCUGGGAAGGGGAACAUCAGGGGACAGCCAGUUCCAAGCCCAUAAAUGACAUGGGCUAUGGAAAGUGCUCAAAUGCGAUCGGACAGGAGAUGGGUUCCAAUGUGGGGUUGCCGUAGAAUGCACGUUUGCGCAAUGCGGCAUGCACGCCCGGUCUGUUUUCUGGCUGUCGUGCUGGGGGUUGUGCUGACGUGCUGAGAGUGCCUGGGGACGAUGGUGUGGGGCACGGGGCUUGGGGUAUGUUUCAGCUUAUGCCCCAGGCGUUGACAGGCUGAGGCUGUGGCAGCAAGCGAUAAUGACAAUAAUAAGAGGUGUGCCGGCAACGCCGCACGUUCUAUCUGUGCUGCUGAGAACGAUGGCUAUGGCAUCACGCGCUUGCGCAUACAUGCAUUGAGAUUCCACUUGUCUACUGCUGCGGAAGCUUGACGUGGCUGCAUUAAUGGGUGUGUGCAGGAUGAUCUUCCGUAGGCGGGCGCGCAUGGCUUGCAAGCAGCACAGCGGGUCAUUUUAAUUCAUCAUUUUGGCUGUCGGCGGUAACGGUUGGCAACAAGUGGCCCCUUGAAGAAGAGAGCAGCGUGCGCUGCGGUUUCAUUCAGUUUCAUGCAAGGUUUCAUUCUUAUUCGUCCCAGGUUUCCCCGGGUAGCAAGGUUGUAUGGUGUCUCGCCAUGAUACCUUCCGGCGUUUCCGUGUCCGUUCCGACGGAACCGGUAGAUCAAGCCGGAAUUCAUUACCAUCGGUUCGCAUUGAUUAUGUCAGACCGGGCUAUUGCGCUGUGAAUGCCGGCCCCGUACUCCUGCGGCGUGUGGAGUGCGGCGGGCGAGCGGCACACGGCGGCCGUGGAAUCGGCUGCAAACUGAGAUUCGUUUGUGCGCGAGGCGGUGGCGCCCGUGUGGCGGUAGCGCACAUGAGUGGCUGUCAGAGGGGUGUAUCAGCCAUGGCGUCACGGCGUUGACUGGAGUCAUGGCUGGAGGCCUGGAGUGGUCGCCGUAGAGUUCCACUGAGAAUGAGGAUGUGACUUUCGCAGUAUUUCGCAGGCUCGAUCGUGUUUGUAAUGCAGGCUGAGCGUACCGUACAGUGGCGCUGAAGGUUGGCGUGCGGUCGGUGUGGCCGUGUGGGUGGCGCGGGUGGCUUGGCUGGGCGUGCAUGGCUACUUCGAGGCACGUACGAGUGUACGUCCCCGAAAGAUGCAGCUGUAUGCCGUGCCGUACCGGUAUUCACCCUACCCUGGUCCUUGUGGGGUCCCGAUAGCUGUGGAACCCAAACAGCUAUCUACAUCUGCCUUGUUCUGGUUUCAGGGGCAGGGCUUUCAACGGUCAGUGGCCAGUGGGCUCUGCUGGACCCAUUGUGUGCAGCACGAUACCCGGCUGCUGUUUGUUGAUGGGCAGAGGUCUGUGGGUUCUGCUCUGGCAACACAGCUGGCGUGUGCUGUUGCGCACGUUGCGGACGGCGGACGGCCUUGGAGCUGCCCCGUGCGGCACCCGAGUGUAAGCCUGUUAGCCUGCAAGUUGUAACAAAAUGUCACC